GGUGGUGCACAAAACGCGCGCCGAGACACGCUGGAAGCCGGGCAAGGUCAGCAACUAGAAACCGGAUCAGGCGGCACGCCGAGCAGCGCCGAGAGGAUCGGCGGUGUCUUGGAGCGGAUCCAGGUGCGGUCGCCGAGACCUUGGCCGGGUCUGUCGGCCAACCACGGAACGCGUGGCGCCUCGAUUGGUGCCACUACCUUUCCA